AUAUAUAAUUAGAUAUAUGUAAAUCGCAAAGCAACAUGGACUUGUUUUAUAAGCUUGUUUGGCAAAGCGAGUGUAGGCCUAUUUAUAGCAAUGACAAGGAUUUGGGAAUAUAUGCUUCAUGUAAGUACAGUACAGUACCUGUGCCAAAGAAGUCCCUGUAUCUGUAUUCUUACAACUUCCCGUUUGUGUAUUUUCCCGGAUUCUAGAAUGUAAAGCGUCGAUAGGAAGUGGUUCUUUGCAUGUACAAGAUUUUCUAACUUAGACUACUGGACAAAGAAUAUCUACCUACAAAUUAACAAGUCAUAAUGGAUGUCAACAAUGAAGUUGAUAUAAGCCAGCGAUACCAGGCGUCCAUGGUUCUCACUGGAGUUGGCGAUGCAUUGGGGUACUAUCAUGGGCGAUGGGAGUUUUGUCACAGUGGUGAAACCAUUCAUAAAGAACUUGAAAAGCUUGGAGGUCUUUCGAAGAUUGCUCUUGCAUUACCAGCAUGGAACUUGAGCGAUGAUACUGUGAUGAGCUUGGCUACAGCAGAGGCUUUGAUGAAGUGGGGCCGUAAGAGUGCUGACAAUGACAGGACACGGCUGUUUAAACUACUGGCUCAGAAAUACAUUUCUUGCAUGGAUGACAUGGGUGGACGAGCACCAGGGAUGACAUGUAUGUCGGCGUUAAGAUUUUUAGGAUCAUCGUACCAGAUACCAUUUAAUCCAAGAGGGGGAGGAUGUGGAGCUGCCAUGAGGGCCAUGUGUAUUGGAUUGAGGUUUCCUAGACCAGAAGAUAUUGACGAUUUGGUUGCUGUGGGUAUAGAGAGUGGCCGGAUGACACAUCACCAUCCGACUGGUUAUUUGGGUUCCUUUACUGCAGCCCUGUUUGUGUCUUAUGCAUUACAAGGUAAGCCCCUAAGGAGCUGGGGAGCGUCUAUGCUGAAUGAACUUCCUCGUUGUCUGGAGUAUAUUACCAAGUCUGGACACUUUGUAGAAGAGAACACACGUGCAAUGCAAAAUGGAUAUUUCAGAGAUGCAUGGAAAAGGUAUUUGAAGUUGCGUGGAAUAUCAGAUGGCACAUCUGAGCCUUCAUUUCCAAACGACUAUGGUGUGAAGGAAAGGGACGUGUUCGUCAAAUCUGUCAGCUUUGAUGGAUGGGGCGGAGCUAGUGGACAUGAUGCCCCAAUGAUUGCGUAUGAUGCUCUCCUUGGAUGUGGAAACGACUGGACAGAACUAUGCAGCAGGUCUAUGUUUCACUGUGGUGACAGUGACAGUACGGGCGUGAUAGCAGCCGCAUGCUAUGGAGCCAUGAAUGGAUUUAAUGGAGUUCCGGAAAAUCUCUAUAGACAUUUAGAAUACCGAGAUCGGCUGAUAAAAGCUGGAGAAGUUUUGUAUUUGCUGAGUCAAACCAAUGCAGACAUCUCAUCAGCAAACGUUGAUGCGAAGGCUGAACCCGAGUCUCCAGGUCCACCACCGGACACCGAGAAUCUUGACCAGCUAAAACUGAUUGCCAGUGAGAUUCAGGACCAAGCUGUAGUGGAAUCAAGCCAAAACAUGGAUACUGAUGCUAGUCCACAAGUGUCCGAAAGUCAAACAACAGCCACUGCUGAUGAUAGCCAAGGAUCUGAUAAAGCUACUUCAUAACUGUUGAGAACAUGAAAAAAAAAAAAAUUGUGUUUAAUGUCUAAGCUAAUUUUUUUGUCACCAUGACAAAAUUGUAUCAAACUCUUUCAUGGAAGUGGAUGGUGCUUGGAUAAUAAGUGUAUGCUCAAACCUGGGUGCUAACAUGUAAGGGUGAUGGUGAUUAUAUUUCUCCCAGAUCUUGUUUUUUAUUAACACUCCCAGAACAUAUACGGGUAAUUUAACUGUAACAUGUUACCAUGACAACAAAAGAUAUGGUCGGUUUCUGAGCCUAGAUGAGGAUUUUGCUAUCUCAAAGCAAUACAUGACACAUGUAACAAUAGACAUAGUGGCUCCAUCUGGAUGUUACCUCGCGGUGGCCGAGUGGUUAAGGUGUCCCGACUCUUUAUCCUAGGUACUGACUGUAGGCCGGUGGUUUUUCUCCGGGUACUCCGGCUUUCCUCCACCUUCAAAACCUGGCACGUCCUUAAAUGACUCUGGCUGUUAAUAGGAUGUAAAACAAAAUAAUACCAAAACCAAACCUCAUAUCUUCAUUUAUAUUAAGUGUAUAUCCAUAUACGCAUCCUUGACACUCCAAAGGUUGCAAUCACAUAUGCUGUUAGGGGCUGCAAUAACUCAGUAAGUUAGAGCACUAGACCUCAGGGUGAAGAUCUGAGGUGCAUUGGUUUGAUGUUCCCUACCUGUAUCGGUUUGUGUUACUUGGGAAACUGAGAAACGACUGGUCUGUGAUGUUGUGGUUGUGUCCUUGGGCAAGACACUUUACCCAAAUUGCCCUGGAUGGCUUGUGAAAGUCCUUCCAUAUGUUAUUCAGCCAAGAAGUCACCAACUUCUGCAAGGAGACCCCGCCUCAAAAUGACCCUGGCUGUUACCGGGCAAACAAACGAACACAAGGGCCCAGUUGUUCAAAAGGUGUUUAGCUUAAUCACUUGAUUAGUGAAAAUUUCAUUUCCCAUUUGUUGCAAAACCUGUGAGUAUAUCAUCUUUGAAUAAUGCCAGUUGGAAGAGAAUUAGGAAUUACAGAAUUUCAUAAAGUUUUAUCAAGCUGAUUCUACCAUGAAUUAUUAUAUAAGUAUUUGAAAUUUUUUGUUAAAAUGUGAUUAGCCUAAUCAUCUUUUGAACAACCGGGCCCAGUAGUAUUAAGAAUAUCAUAUACAGUACUUUAUAUAGGAAAACGUUUGGCCAGCUCUUUCUCACCAUGCUUAGAACGAUUAUUUUUGCCUAGACAAAAGCUUGCUUCAAAAGUCCUACACUAAGUUCAAGCAGGAUUCCAGGACUUUGAGGAAAUAUUUUGAAUUCUGAACUUUUUAUUAAGCAUUGUUCUGAAAUUCAAGGACUUCUGAAGGAAUAAACUUACCAUGUUCAAGAACAAGGGAGAAUUUUUUGUCCUUAAAUAUUGCUAAAAUUACUCAAAUUCUUACUUUUCAACUAAUAGGAGAUUUAAGAAAUCAAAGACAUUGUGUUUUGAUUAAAAAGUAGUGUGUUGAUAGUGGGGUUGGGGGUGUUGAGAAAGAAAAUUAAGAUUGUGUGAUGGUUCAUGGAUAUGGGCAUUUCAGCUGCAUAGUCCAAUAGCUAGCUUUUGUGGUUGUGCGGUUGAGUGUCGUGGUCAGCUCUUGGAUGGGUGACCGCUCCGUUGUUCCCCCGUUGCACAUUACAUUUGGUGACAGCGAACGGGCCUGGUAUCCUGCAGGGUGCCAUCGGACAGCAUGGGAAGCACAAUGUUCCUGGAGACUUGUUGGUGACUUGGGGGUCUGGUCAUGAGGCGGCACCUCUAUAACAACAAGAGGGACAGUUAUGUUUGCUGGGGAUGCCAGGUUGAACCCAUGGAAGCUUUGGGACAAAGCUUAUCGGCAAAAGGGGUAAUGUGAUGGUUCAUGGAUAUGGGCAUUUCAGCUGCAUAGUCCAAUAGCUAGCAUUUGUGGUUUUGCGGUUGAGUGUUGUGUCGGUGUACCGAAGUUAAGCAACGUUGAGCGUGGUCAGCUCUUGGAUGGGUGACCGCUCCAUUGUACACCAAGUGCACGUUACAAUUGCUUGAAAAGAACAAAUGAACUUUUAAAGAACUUGUAGAAAUCAUGUUGGUUAUUAGAAAAAUUAAAUCUAUUUUGUAUAGAUGUAUAAUGUACAAUAGAAGCCUUAUUUAGGUGUUUUACUAUAAACAUUUCUAAUUUGAUGGAAUUUUGUCCCUAAAAAUCAAUUUCCCUAUUACUUAUAUAUUUGCUUUCAACGACUGCCUUCUGUGAUAUUAAUUUAAACUAAAGCUUUGCAGCUUAACCUUUCUUAUUAUCUAACUUUCUACUUUACAUUUAAUGAUGCAUUUUUUUUUCAAUUUACUCUUUUUUAUAUAUUUGUAUUUUAUUAAAUUUUUACAAGAGAUUAAGUGCAAUUCAUAUCAGAUGUCAGUAAUGGGCAUAAACUAACCCCAUUAAAAUAUACAAUACAUAUUGACAGGGACACAAGUUUAAUGUUGUUCAGUUUGGCUCAUACCAUCAAAAUAUACAAAACACAUUGACAGGGUCACAAGUUUAAUGUUCAGUUUGGUUUAUACCAUUAAAAUAUACAAAACAUAUUGACAGGGACACAAGUUUAAUGUUCAGUUUGGUUCAUACCAUUAAAAUAUACAAAUACAUAUUGACAGGGAUCCUAGUUUAAUGUUGUUCAGUUUGAUCCAUACCAUUAAAAUAUACAAUACAGAUUUACUGAUGGAUUAUAAAUGUUGUUUUAUUUACCUAUUAUUUGAAAGAAUUAUUGUGAUUAUUUACCUAUUGUUUAAAAAAAUUCUAGUGAAUAUAAUUAUGUACCAUAUUUAGCAAUAAAUAACUACCGAUAAA